AUGCUGUUUUCCAGGCUCCAAGGCUUGAGAGCCCAGCGUCUGCUGCUGUUCUCUCUUCUGCUUCUCACAGCCUGGGAAGCUGGGAGCGGCCAACUCCACUACUCCGUCCCGGAGGAGGCCAAACACGGCACCUUCGUGGGUCGCAUCGCGCAGGACCUGGGGCUGGAGCUGGCGGAGCUGGUGCCCCGCCUGUUCAGGGUGGCGUCCAAGGACCGCGGGGACCUUCUGGAGGUAAAUCUGCAGAAUGGCAUUUUGUUUGUGAAUUCUCGGAUCGACCGGGAGGAGCUGUGCGGGCGGAGCGCGGAGUGCAGCAUCCACCUGGAGGUGAUCGUGGACAGGCCGCUGCAGGUUUUCCACGUGGAGGUGAAGGUUAAAGAUAUUAACGAUAACCCACCGGUUUUUAAAGGCCCAGAACAAAGGAUAUUUAUUCCUGAAAACAGACAAUUAGAUUCACGGUUUCCACUAGAGGGUGCUGUGGACGCAGACAUUGGUGCCAAUUCACUUCUAACUUACACGCUGAGCCCCACAGAUUACUUUUCUUUGAAGGUAGAGACGACGGAGGAACUCAGUAAAUCCCUUUCGCUUGAAUUGAGGAAAUCUUUGGAUAGAGAAGAAACCCCAGAACUUCAGUUAUUCCUGACAGCCACUGACGGAGGCAAGCCAGAGCUGGAGGGGAGGAUUAGGCUGCAGAUUACUGUGCUUGACGUUAAUGAUAACGCUCCACUGUUUGACCAGGCUGUCUAUAGAGCCCAGUUAGUAGAAUCUACAGCGAAGGGAACAUUAGUGACCACGUUAAAUGCCUCUGACGCAGAUGAAGGUGUAAACGGCGAGGUUGUGUUUUCCUUUGGCAAUGACAUUUCUCUUGACGUUCAAGAAAAAUUCAAAGUGGAUUCUAUUUCAGGAGAAAUAAGAGUGGUCGGUGACCUGGAUUAUGAAAAAACAAAAUCCUAUGAAAUUCAAGUCAAGGCAGUUGAUAAAGGGACUCCGCCGAUGUCAAAUCACUGCAAGGUUUUGGUGAAAGUGCUGGAUAUAAAUGACAACGCUCCGGAGCUGGCAAUCACUUCCUUGUCUUUGCCCAUCAAAGAGAAUGCUCCACUUAGCACUGUCAUCGCACUUAUCAAGGUGUCAGAUCUCGACUCAGGUGUUAAUGGUCAGGUGACCUGCUCCCUGACUCCUCAUGUCCCCUUCAAGCUGAUGUCUACCUUCAAGAACUACUAUUCACUCGUGUUGGAUAGCGCCCUGGACCGCGAGACCACAGCUGACUAUAAGGUGGUGGUGACAGCCCGGGAUGGGGGCUCGCCUUCUCUGUGGGCCACAGCCAGCGUGUCCGUGGAGGUGGCUGACGUGAACGACAAUGCGCCUGCGUUCGCGCAGCCCGAAUACACGGUGUUCGUGAAGGAGAACAACCCGCCUGGCUCGCACAUCUUCACGGUGUCCGCGAUGGACGUGGAUGCACAGGAGAACGCACUGGUGUCCUACUCGCUGGUGGAGAGGCGAGUGGGCGAGCGCUUGCUGUCGAGCUAUGUGUCUGUGCACGCGGAGAGCGGCAAGGUGUUCGCGCUGCAGCCUCUGGACCAUGAGGAGCUGGAGCUGCUGCAGUUCCAGGUGAGCGCGCGGGAUGCUGGUGUGCCAUCCCUGGGCAGCAAUGUGACUCUGCAGGUGUUUGUGCUGGAUGAGAAUGACAAUGCGCCCACGCUGCUGCCUCAUGGAACUGUAGGGGCUGGGAGCUCAGUGAGCGAGCUUGUACCUAGGUCAGUGGGUUCAGGUCAUGUGGUCACCAAAGUGCGUGCAGUGGAUACAGACUCUGGUUACAAUGCGUGGCUCUCAUAUGAACUGCAACACGCUGUGGGCUCGCGCAGCCCGUUCCGCGUGGGUCUGUACACGGGCGAGAUCAGCACCACGAGGUCCUUGGAUGAAGUAGAUGCUGCGCGCCAGCGCCUGAUAGUGCUGGUGAAGGACCAUGGUGAGCCUGCUUUGACUACCACAGUCACAGUGCUAGUUUCUCUGGUUGAGAACAGUCAAGCUCCAAAAACCUCAUCAAGAGCAUUGGUAGAUGCCACAGGCCAUGAGGCGUCUCUGGUGACUGUUAACGUGUACCUGAUCAUCGCCAUCUGCGCGGUGUCCAGCCUGCUGGUGCUCACACUGCUGCUGUACACAGCGCUGCGCUGCUCAGCAAUGUCCCCCGGUGGAGCCUGCGCUCCAGGGAAGCCCAUGCUGGUGUGCUCCAGCGCCGUGGGGAGCUGGUCAUACUCGCAGCAGAGGAGGCAGAGGUGUGCUCUGGAGAGGGUCCACCCAAGACCGACCUCAUGGCCUUCAGCCCCAGCCUAUCCCAAGGUCCUGAAUCAGCAGAAGAGAGACAACCACCCUUAGAAUCAGAAUACUUA